AUGGAGGAGUACUUGAGGAAGAACUUUAAUUUGGAAGCCAAGAGACCCUCCGAGGAAGCUCUCAUGAGAUGGAGAUCGGCGGUCUCCGUCAUCAAGAAUCCCCGCCGGAGGUUUCGCAUGGUCGCCGAUCUUGCCAAGAGAGCCGAAGACGGGAGAAAGCGCACCAAACUUCAGGAAAAGAUAAGAGUAGCCUUAUAUGUGCAAAAAGCAGCACUGCAUUUUAUUGCAGCCGGGAAGCGAGUUCAGUACAAGCUCUCCAAAGAAGUUGAGGAAGCCGGUUUCGGAGUUGAGCCCGAUGAGCUCUCGAGCAUUGCUCGUUCCCACGACAGCCAGUCUCUGGAGAACCACGGCGGAGUGGAAGGAAUAGCGAAAGAGCUUAGUGUGUCCUUGAAAAAUGGCAUUGCCUCAACCGAUGUAUCGCUUAGGCAAAGCGUGUUUGGAUCCAACCGGUUUGUUGAGAGGCCUCCGAAAGGCUUUUGGAUGUUUGUCUGGGAUGCCCUUCAAGACUUAACUCUAAUCAUCCUCAUGGUAUCGGCCGCAACCUCAAUCGGUGUUGGAGUUGCCACAGAAGGUUGGCCAAGCGGUAUGUAUGAUGGCCUAGGGAUAAUUCUUAGUAUUUUCUUGGUGGUUUUUGUCACUGCAAUCAGUGACUACAAGCAGUCAUUGCAGUUUAGGGAUUUGGACAAGGAGAAAAAGAACGUUUGUGUUCAAGUCACAAGAGAUGGGUGCAGGCAAAAGCUCUCAAUCUAUGAUUUAGUGGUUGGUGAUGUUGUUCAUCUCUCCAUUGGGGACCAAGUACCUGCUGACGGGGUUUUCAUAUCGGGCUACAGCUUGACUGUCGACGAAUCGAGCUUGUCGGGGGAGAGCGAGCCUAUGGCUGUAAACGAAGGCAGGCCUUUUCUCCUAUCCGGGACUAAAGUGCAAGAUGGCUCUGGCAAAAUGCUUGUCACAGCAGUCGGUAUGAAGACCGAAUGGGGACGACUAAUGGAAACUCUGAAUGAAGAAGGCAACAAUGAGACACCACUUCAAGUGAAGCUUAAUGGGGUUGCAACCAUUAUUGGGAAGAUUGGUUUGGCUUUUGCUGUGUUGACAUUUUUGGUUCUAACUACAAGGUUUUUAGUGGGAAAGGCAAUGCACCACCAAAUAAAAAAAUGGUCUUCAAGUGAUGCUUUGGAGCUUUUGAAUUACUUUUCCACCGCAGUUAUCAUAGUUGUUGUUGCAGUCCCAGAAGGGCUUCCUUUGGCAGUGACACUAAGCCUUGCAUUUGCCAUGAAAAAGUUGAUGUCUGAUAAGGCUCUUGUGAGACACCUCUCCUCGUGCGAAACGAUGGGUUCAGCCACUUGUAUUUGCACAGACAAAACAGGAACAUUGACAACAAAUCAUAUGGUGGUUAGUAAAAUAUGGAUUUGUGAAGAAAUCAAGGCAAUAAAAAGUAAUCAUGUCAAAGAAAAUGCACUCAAAUCCUCGGUCUCCGAAGGAGUUCUCGACCUUUUCUUGCAGUCUGUAUUUCAGAAUACUGGCUCAGAGGUGGUGAAAGGGAAAGAUGGAAGGGAAAAAACAAUCGGGACUCCAACAGAAACAGCUUUGGUGGAGUUUGGAUUGCAUUUGGGAGGCGAUCCACAUGCUUAUAAUGAGGAGUAUAAGAUAGUGAAGGUUGAGCCUUUUAAUUCAGUGAAGAAAAAGAUGUCGGUUCUUGUGGCUAUUCCUAAUGCUGGAGGGUUUAGAGCAUUCUGCAAAGGGGCAUCAGAAAUUGUUCUCAAAAUGUGUGACAAGGUAGUGAAUGCUGAAGGGGAAACCGUGCCACUCUCUGAAGAGCAGAAGACGAAUAUCUCGAAUGUGAUAAAUGGUUUUGCCUGUGAAGCUUUGAGGACUCUUUGCACAGCUUUCAAGGACAUCAAAGAGACUUCUGAUGCAGAUAGUAUUCCUGAAGAGAAUUACACACUAAUAGCUGUUGUUGGAAUCAAGGAUCCUGUGCGCCUCGGGGUUAAAGAAGCCGUCCAGUCUUGCUUAGCAGCGGGAAUCACUGUUAGAAUGGUCACUGGUGAUAACAUCAACACUGCAAAAGCCAUAGCCAAAGAAUGUGGUAUCUUGACAGAAGAUGGCUUGGCCAUAGAAGGGCCAGAAUUCCGCAACAAGACUCCGCAGGAAAUUAACGAGUUGUUACCGAAAUUACAGGUAAUGGCUAGAUCAAUGCCUUUGGACAAGCACACCUUAGUAUCUCACUUAAGGAAUGAGCUUGAAGAAGUUGUGGCAGUGACUGGUGAUGGGACUAAUGAUGCUCCUGCCUUGCAUGAGGCAGACAUUGGACUUUCCAUGGGCAUAGCUGGAACCGAGGUUGCAAAAGAAAAUUCUGAUGUGAUCAUAAUGGAUGACAACUUCACAACUAUAGUGAAUGUCGUUAGAUGGGGACGUUCCGUUUACAUCAACAUUCAGAAGUUUGUGCAGUUUCAGUUGACAGUUAACGUCGUUGCUCUUAUGCUCAACUUCAUCUCUGCAUGCAUAUCAGGGUCUGCUCCACUCACUGCUGUUCAAAUGCUUUGGGUGAACUUGAUAAUGGAUACACUUGGUGCUCUGGCAUUGGCCACAGAACCGCCGAAUGAGAGGCUAAUGCAGAGGCCACCAAUUGGGAGAAAUGUGCAUUUCAUUACUGGGAUUAUGUGGAGGAAUAUCAUUGGCCAAAGCAUUUACCAGAUUUUGGUCCUUUUGGUUCUCAAGUUUUGUGGGAAACAACUGUUGAUGCUCACUGGUCCAGAUGCUACUUCAGUUCUCAACACAGUUAUAUUCAACUCAUUCGUAUUCUGCCAGAUAUUCAAUGAAGUAAACAGCAGGGACAUGGAGAAGAUCAAUGUUUUCAGAGGAAUAUUUGAUAGUUGGCUUUUUAUGAUGGUGAUAGUCUCCACAGUGGCAUUCCAAGUAAUCAUAGUUGAACUUUUGGGCACUUUUGCUGGAACCGUGCCACUGAGUUGGGAGUUUUGGCUACUCAGUGUCCUGAUUGGAGCUGCUAGUUUGCUUGUUGCUGUUGUUGUGAAGUUCAUUCCUGUUAAAAUCCCAAGCAAGCAUCAACACCAUGAUGGUUAUGAAGCUCUUCCAAGUGGGCCAGAGAGAGUAUAAGAAGAAGAGAAAUUUGAAAAAUGCCACAAUAAUGCCUCAGUUUCAGAUUUAUGCCACGGAUAUUGGAGCUUUUGAUUUAAAAUGGCAUUAAUCUGAACCACAAAGAAGUUUUGGCAUAAAUCGGAAGAGAUAUAACAGUCAUGGUGUACUCAAUUCAACACAUGUAAUUUUGAUUUGCAGGAGAAAACUUUUCCAACUCACUUUCACCCUUGCAGAUU